AUGACCUUUUACAUGCAGAACCCUCUCGUGUUGAACCCAGAAUAUUCCCCUCUACCAUAUGCCUUCGCUGACGCCGCGCUGCUCCACGCUCUUUUCGCACUCACAAGUCUGUACCGUGAUCUUAGUGUCGGAACGAAGAUUACUCCGCUUUGUCUCAUGCAUAAAGGCGAGAUGCUGAGGAUAAUUAAUGAACGGAUUACAAAGACGCCAUUGCAACUUAGCGAUGGGACAAUCGGUGCUGUAACGGCACUGGCGACAUUUGACGCAAGUCACCUCUAUCAAUUUGCUGGAAGAGCGCUAACAUCGGUGAGUAGUUACUGGAUGGCCGACUACAAAACGCUCGUUGGAAUCUUCGAGGGCUUCAACGCAUGGUUGUUCAAAGAGGUGGCUUACAGAUGGUUGGAAAAGAAGCCCGGCAGGUUUGUGGAACAUCAUUAUUGCAAAGGGCCAUAUGCUGGUCAGAUCUCUGCUCCGCUGCCUUCACCAACGAGAAACCACGGUUUGCUGUAUUAAGGCAUUCCAGCUCGCCUUUAUCAAGACCCUAUGUACAAGACAACUCGCUAUUUUCAAGCAUCGGGUCUAUAUUCGACAUGCUCUCGGAACUCUCUGUUGCGCUUUGCGACUCUCACAGUUCAUUUUCACGUCGAAUUUCCUUCAGCAACAACAUUUACUUGGUAGAGCACGCUCUACAUUCCUUACCUCAAGAUAUAUACUCCUGUUACCAUGAACCAAAACGAAUAGCAGCUAUAAUCUACGUCUAUCUGGUCCUUCGCCAGAUUCCCCAUUCUGC